AUGAGGCGGGCGGCGCUGCCCAUCCUCGUAGCCUCUCUCCUGCUGGCCGCCCGGGUGUCCCUAGGAGUGAGGGCAGCUCCGGGCCUGGACGGCGGCGCAGAGAGCGGCUUGAGCCUGCGGCUGCUGCGCCUGGGAGAGGACCGCGCCCCCCCCGCCGCAGCCCCUUGGCCCUUCCCGGCCCCGCUGCCUGCUCCUGGGCCCGACGUGGCGGCCCUGCUGGUGCGCUCUCUUCAUCGGCCGUGCCCCGAAGGGGAGCUGCGCCGCCGGCUGGGCGAGCGCCUGAAGCGCCGCGACCCGCCGCUCUCCAUCGACCUCACCUUCCACCUCCUCCGCCAGAUGAUGGAGAUCUCCCGGGCGCAGAGCCAGCAAACCCAGGCCCAGCAGAACCGUCUCCUCUUCGACUCGGUGGGCAAGUGAGGCCCAGGAAGCGAACGCGCCUGACGCUGCCCCCACUUGCCAGCCCCGGAUCGUCCCGUCGGGCCGCCUGCGGCUUCCUUCGCCAUGCCUGUCUGCAGAAGGAGGCUGCCCCACCAGGCCAGCCAAGGCGCCCGAGGAGGCGUAGAGAGAGGAAGAGGGAGACUAGAUGGCCUUAUAGGCCCCUUCCAACUCUGCUGUUCUAUGAUCCUGUG